AUGUUGCAAACGAAGACAAAGGAGACCCAGGAGGAACCCCACGAUACACCAGGGUACCCGAUAUCAUCACCCGCGACGAGGCCUUUGAACGGCCUGCAGCAGCAGCAGCAGCAGCAGCAGCAGCAACAGCAGCAGCAGCAACGGCAGCAGCAGCAGCAGCAACAGGAGCAGGAGCAGCAGCAGAGUAGUAUAUGCAGCAGCAGCAGCAACUGCAGCAGCAGCAGCAGCAGCAGCAGCAGCAGCGGGGAGUGGGCACAGGGGAGAAUCGAAGGAAUCCUCAGACAGGCGCAGCCCCUUGUAGGGGCCAAUCCUUUGCCGCCGCAGCAGCACGAGCAGCAGCAACUGCAGCAGCAGCAGCAGCAGCAGCAGCAGCAGAAGCAGCAGCAACAGCAGCAGCUGCUGCUGCUGCAGCAGCGGCCGCAACAGCAGGUUGUGUUGCUGCUGCUUCUGUUGCUGCUCCUGCAGCUGCAGCAGCAGCAGCAGUAUCGUCGCAACACCAACAGCAAGAAACUCACUGCUGCUGCUGCUUGGGGUCCUCAGCUGCCCGCAUGCCUGCAGACAGGCGCAGCCCCUUGUAGGGGCCAAUCCUUCGCCGCCGCAGCAGCACGAGCAGCAGCAACUGCAGCAGCAGCAGCAGCAGCAGGAGCAGCAGAAGCAGCAGCAACAGCAGCAGCUGCUGCUGCUGCAGCAGCGGCCGCAACAGCAGGUUGUGUGUCUCCUUCUGCUGCUGACGCAAUGGCACAGAGAGAUGCCUUUCCAGUUGCCUACUACGAUGAGGGCGACCUGUGGCCGCAGCUGCAGCCAGCAAUAGAGCGGCGUCUGCCUCUGGAGCCGUGCAGCAGCAGCAGCAGCAGCAGCAGCAGCAGCGGCUGUGGGGUGUAUUUAUCUUUUGAGCAGGAGUCUCUCUCUGUCUCCUCUUCUCCUGCUGCUGCAGCAGCAGCAGCAACAGCAGCAACACAAGGCCCCCCUGCUGCACUUGCUGUUGCACACAAAGCAGCAGCUGGGGCGCUGGCGUCACUGGGUGUGAAUGUUGCUGCUGCCUCGCUGUCUGCUGCUGCUCCUGCUGCACCUGCAGCAGCAGCAGCAGCAGCAGCAGCAGCAGCAGGAGCAUCCGUGUCUCCUAGCUUGUUGUGGAAUGCUGUAGAACGUCCCUUUGUGCAUCUGCUGCUGCUGCAGCAGGAAAGCAUUGAGGUGUAUAGGCAGCAGCAGCGGCGGUUGCUGCGAUCGUGGAUAGAGAGACAGACAGAGCAGCACAAUGAGUGGCUGCUUGUUGCUGCUGCUCCUCUCAGCAGCAACGAAACUCUGAUGAAGCAGCAAAAAAAAUAUAUAGAUAAAAUAAGAACAGACAUCAGCAACAAAGACAGGGUGCUGCGGCUACCCCUGGGAUCGAUCGAUCCCAGCCACACACAACUCGCUGAACAGCUCUGGAGGGUAUGCUGUCUCCUCAACACUCAGCUGUCUCCUUCAGCUGUCUCCAACUCGCUGAACAGCUCUGGAGGGUAUGCUGUCUCCUCAACACUCAGCUGUCUCCUUCAGCUGUCUCCUUCAGCUGUCUCCUCCAGCUGUCUCCUUCAGCUGUCUCCUUCAGCUGUCUCCUUCAGCUGUCUCCUUCAGCUGUCUCCUCACUACUCAGCUGUCUCCUUCAGCUGUCUCCUCACUACUUAG